AUGGUCUUCGCCUGCAAGAAGUGCAAGAAGUGCUUCCGCAAGGACACGCAGGAGUUCGAAGAGAGCGAUGAGUACUGCCCGCAUUGCGAUAAUCACUUUGUCAUCGACGCCAAAACCCCGAAGGCUGCACUAUCCGUGGAGAGCGAAGACGUAAGAGUCAACAACAAGAUGCUCAAGGACGAGCGCGUCAGACAAAAGGAUUACCGUACCAUGUUCGACCCUGAUGAUGAUGCGGAUAAGCUGGGCUAG